AGCAUGUUUGUUGCUCGAGUUGCUUUCGCUCAAGAGUGGCGGCUAGAGUAGUGGAAGAGCGUUGCCGCUCAAGGGUACCUCGUCCGAUGACCGUAACACCAGUCGCCAAUUGCAGCACCGCGGGCCCAGACAUGUCCCACGAGCUGAGCGAACAGCGGGCGAAGCACCCUGGAGAGCAGAGGACGCUGUCGACCCUCUUACCCGAGCAGGAGCGGGAGGAUCUGCCCGAUUGUUCACCGACGGGGACGGCGCUGCAGUCGCAGACGGUCUGCUCUCCUUGCCACGCGGCACCAUUUGGGACGACUUGCGCCGACGGCCCGCCCAUGCAGCAGCUGCAGACCGCCGUUGAGCUGCCGCUCGAGGCUGCCGCAUCCCUGCUCCGCACGGUGGACAUGGAUCUUGCGGACGAGCUCUGCCGAGUGCUAUCGUUGCUGCGUCGCGUGGUGGUCGACACGGCGUCGGUUCUCGCCAGCUUGGGCUGCGCGGCACGGGGCAUCGCCGUUGGGGCGUUGCCCAUGUUGCGCGCCGCCCUCGCCUCCUCGAGAACGAAGAGGACAGCCGUGGCCAACUCGAUCGGCGCUGCCCAGGGCUUGGUCCUGGAGCGUCAUGAGGAGGUAGCGCAGGUUCUUGACAGCCAUGUGGUCUUGGUCGAGCGGGUCCACUACGUCCACCGCUGUCUCCUCGUCACCACUGACAGCCAUUGCGCGGAAGGGGAUGCGGGUGCGGGUGCCGAGGCGGUGGAGGGGCUGCGAGAAGGUCAAGCAGGUUUUCAGGACGGCAUUGGGCCUAGCGGGCACGGCGUCGGCGAGGCGCUGGGCACCGCGCUCGUGCACCUGGACGAGGCGAUCGACGCCCUGGAGGAGUGCUCGGACCGCCGGCGCAUGCUGCGGCGCACGGAGCGUUUGCUCGCAAGCGUGGCCGAGUCCGCGCAGGACAUCCGCGGGCAGCUGCUAUCCGGGCCGAGGAUCCUCGAUCUGCAGCCCAGGCUCGAGCCCUUCGUCGCCUCCUUGGAGCAGUUCUGCCAGCUGUGCUGCCCUGAAGACUCAGUUGCAGCCCUUGGGCGCCAGCACGUCCUUUGCAGCCAGGUCGCAGAUGCCGAGGUGGGCCCCAGCGUCUUGGACGGCAGCUGCGGCUCCGAGACGGCUUCAUCUUUGGCAAGGGGCAGGGCCCAGAGUUGGCUUCUCAGUGACGCCUGACCCUCGCGCGCGGCCCUGGCAGUCUUGGGAGUGCGUGCGUGUUGGUCGUAGCCCUGGCCUCGUGCGCUCUCACGGCUGUGCCGCAGACGCCAAAGACCCUUGUCUUCCGCAAGAUGUGCUAUGCAAGUCGGCUUUGUCGUUGCUCCCAGACUCUCUCACUCUUCCCGACCCUGACUCUCGCCGUCAUGAUGCUGCUCUAUUGCAUUCCUGGGCUCGUGCCGAGGCAAGCGGCGGGCGGCGGCCGGCAGCUUGAGCGCCCAGCUAGGGUGCCCAAAGGGUUUCCGUAAUCGGUCAUAGUGCAGUCCCUCUACCGCCUCUGGCGUUGGCUCGCAGCUUCGGCGCGCGCCAGAAUUCUGUCUCUGUUUUGUGUGGCUUCCUGCUGGGGGGCCCCGUGCCGUCGUUGCACAGAGGGGCGCUUGCUCAGAGCAUCCUCGCGGCGUGGGCCGCUUUGCCAAUCCUGCACCUGGCAGCCUCUGGAGACAGCAAAGCUCGGUGCUGAGGGAGCGGCGGCAGCGCGAGGCACGCAUGCUGGUCGCAGUCGACCUCAUGUUUCACCAGGGUUGGGGAGGGGGAAGGAAGCAGGCUCGCGUUGAUGCGCAUGCGUCAAUGUACGUUUUCACUGGGAACAACAGGGAACAACAAGGGCACAUAGCCUUCACAUUGUAUGUGACAUGCCGACCAACGCCAACGCGAGAGCCAUUGUUGGGGGCGGGCAGUGGUGGUGCCACACUGGAAUUCGCCGAUCGCAAGGUGCCUGUUGGCGCGCUUCGCCAGACGACGUGUUGCGGAGGCGGUCUCGUCAACUGGACAAUGGGCGCAGGCGGGGGGACGAC